AUGGCCACCAACAUGCUCCUCUCCCCCGAGGCGCUCCACUGCCUCAAGCGCAAGCAGCUCACCAAUCUCUGCCGGCGAUUCGGCAUCAAGGCGGUCGGUAAGAACGCCGACCUCAUCCAAAGGCUCCAGGAGUACGCUGCGUCCAACAUUCCGUCCGACAGCCCGACAAAGGGCAAUGUGGCUGUCCUCAGGCAUAUCAAACGCCCCAGGCAGAGCGACGCCAGCUCCGACUCGGACAGCGACAACCAGUAUGACGAACAAAAGCCGACCACGGUCUAUCCUCCACUCACGCCUCGGACCAGACAGAAGCGUGUUUCGGACAUCGUCCAGGCCAUUGAGGAGGUCAAGGCUCAGCCAGACGAGAUGGACUCGGACGACGAGCUUGACGAUCCAGAAGUCAAGUCGCCCUCGUGCAAAAACACCAUCGCAUUCCCAGUCAAGCAGCAGCAAGCACCACUGUCACCCCAGUCUACUCAGCCGCUGCGCAUCAUCAAGGCACUGCCCAGCUCCACCCGCCUCGCCUCUCCACUAUCCACCGCCACCAUUCUCGAGCUCAGCCGCCCACCCGCGGCACACGAAGCGUCCAACUCUGCAACCGCAAGCAUGUAUCCGGAUAUCAGCACGCUUCCUCUACCGGAGGGCAUUUCGAGCGACUGUCUCGCCAGCUCCUCCACCCUUCCUUCCAUCACUUCGCGUCAAUUCUCGGCCGCAGCAGCAUCGGUGCUGGCCGAGAUGAAUGCGCGCCUUACCGCCGCUGGUCGUUCCACCACAUCGGCCUCGCUGGCUACUAUGUCGAGCAUGGGAAAUGGUGCCUGGCAGACCCUCGCAUCCUCGACAUCCACGCAGGGCAUGUCUCAGAGCCGAUCGGGUCGCUACGAGAUUCAGCACGAGCGCCAGUUCAAAAAGAUGGACUCGAUCGUCAACCACUACGCCGCCCGUCGCGUAGGUACUGCAGACAAGUCCGACGCCAGCGCCUCGACAUCCUCCAGAUCUGAGACAUCCAGUAGUGUUGUCGCGGCGACCAAAAGCCUAGCAGUGGCCCGGAAGCCUCAGCGCGUGGAUGCGUCCACCUCGACGCGUAGCCUUGCCGCGAUGGUGCACUCUACCAGCACGCGCAAAGUUGCCAGCCAGCGCCGACCACUCCCUGUGCCACCGGCGUUGAAAGCAUGCUCCAAGCCGCCUGCGGCAGCCACGACGCGGGUGGCCAAUCUACCAAGCUCCCGACAAGCAUCCGGCAGCGAGGCUCCGAGAACAAAGCGACUGCGGCUAGCCGUGACGGAAGACCAGGGAGCGCUGCAGAACACGGUGCUCGAGAUUCCGCCCGAGAAAAAGACGGUCAUGAUCCGCGUCACCCGGCCCGAACGCGAGGGGAUGCCGUACCAAGUCAGCGUGGCUCCGUCUACGUCAGAGGCCAAGAAGCUGGGCGAAGCGAGCGGACCCGUGCGCGCCGCAUCGGUACUGCGCAAGAGCGUCAUCAAGGCGACCAAGAGCACCUUCACCGGCGGCUCAGCCAAGAAGACGACCGCCUCGGCACAGGCGCAGAAGCGAGAGGCGGCGUUCACAAAGCAACAGCAACACGCGGCUGCCAUGUCGAGAAGCAUGAGCUCCCGCGCGAACCUCGCGCCCGCCGUCAGCCGCAGCGAGGGACUGCCGGCAUCCACGAGCGUCAGAAACAAGUUCACUGGCGCACUCACCGCUCCACCGACGGCCACUCGGACCCCUGUUGCGGCGGCUUUGACGGGCUCAGGUGCAUCGGUGGUGCCAUCAGAAGCGAGCAAGGGGAGCGUGACUCGGCUGGGCGGAAGCAUCCGCAGCAGUGUCUCGCAGGGGCUCGGACGAGCCGAUGCGGCACGCCAAGCGCGGCUCAAGGAGAUCAAGGCGCGCACCAAAGCUGCACUGGCUGGCUUCGGCAGUUCGCGCACCGUCGACGCGGCUGCACCCGAAUCGCCGCGCAAAGGAGCCACCUUCUCACCCAGCGUCACGCGACCGACAAUUGCGAGCCUCAAUCGCGCCGUCACGACCACAGGCGGAUCGGCGUCUCUGCCCAUGCUCUCGGCCAUCACUGCGCCGCUUUGUGGACUGAACGCCAACGUGGUGGAAGGGUUGCAGCGCGCAGCGACCAUGCACGCGGGUGUGGGAGCACUGAUGCCCUCCUUGACGCCUCGCUCAUCCUCGCUGCGACACCUGCGCCGUGUGAUGCGCAAACAGCAAAAGCAAGCCGAGGUGGACCACGAACGCGUGGCAGCGGCAGAGAACAUCUCGCCGGGCAAGGUGGUGCCUUCGGUCAUCAAACCCACGACCAGCGAGCUGCAGUACGCACCGUCCAUCCGCACCGUGGCCAAAGUCCAGCCGAGUCCGGACAAGUAUACCACACUGCCGCUUAAAGGCAGGACGGCAGCAAGACCAGCUGGCGCGCGCUCGGCCCUCGUCACCUCGCAUGCAACCACAUCCGCCCUCAACCGUAUCUAG